CCCCACUCUGACCAGAACCCAAACCUCCCCUCCUCUCCUCCAGGACCUGUACUACCAGUCCUACGCUCAGGUUGGCGUCUUGUUCGCCUCCAUCGCCAACUUCAACGACUUCUACAUCGAGCUGGACGGAAACAACAUGGGAGUCGAGUGUCUGAGGCUCCUCAAUGAGAUCAUCGCUGACUUCGAUGAGCUGAUGGAUAAAGAGUGUUACAGGGACAUCGAGAAAAUCAAGACCAUCGGCAGCACGUACAUGGCUGCAGUCGGGCUGGUUCCUACGACUGCCUCCAAGGCAAAGAAGUCCAUCACCUCACAUUUAUGCACAGUGUCAGAUUUUGCCAUCGAGAUGUUUGACGUCCUGGACGCCAUCAACUACCAGUCUUACAACGACUUUGUCCUGAGAGUAGGUAUCAAUGUGGGUCCAGUGGUGGCAGGAGUGAUUGGAGCCAGGAGGCCUCAGUACGACAUCUGGGGGAACACGGUGAACGUGGCCAGCAGGAUGGACAGUACUGGAGUACAAGGAAAGAUACAGGUGACCGAAGACGUUUACCGCCUCAUCACUGACCACUACAACUUUGUCUGCCGCGGCCAGGUCAGUGUGAAGGGCAAAGGUCAGAUGCUCACUUACAUCCUGGAGGGGCGGCAACAAGGCAGCAGGCUUCCUCAGACCCAGCAGCAGCAGCAGCAGCAGCCCGGCAACCCGGAACGCCGGUCGAACGCGUUCGCCCACGGCAGCGUGUGCACCCGUCUGAGCCCCGCCCCCACCGUCACCACCUACGCCACCAUCAGGACCCCGAGCCCGAGCAUGGUCAAGCCGACCACCUCCACCAGCACCACCAGGUACCUGCCCUCUGUCCCCACGGCAAUGGUGUGACGGACCCUGUCUCCAUGGUGACAGUGGAAAACGAGAGAAUGAUGGCGUGGAGCAGCUUUUUUUGAAGAGAAGUCAUUUUUCGCUCUUCUUCUACGGAGGCUAACACACUGAUCAUCCAAUGGGAGGCCUGCGUUUAGGAUUGAUCACAGGCGUCCGGGACGGCCUCCAUCGGACUCCUGCCUCCGCGGGGCGUCAUGAACGGGCUCUGGGACGUUUUAGCCACGUUGCUCUGUAACCAAUCAAAGGCCAAGGAUGUCUCCAUGAUUUCAGAGUCGAUGCCGCGAAAACUGAAUCCACGAAAUAAAAUAAAAAACACACUGCAAUGCACCAUGGGUAGUGUAGCACACAAGCCUCAAACACAUCCAGAAGUUUCCGCCGACCGU